AUGGCGUUGGACGAUGUCGCGCGGCCGCUGGGAGCCGAGCGGGCGGGCGAUCAGACGGUGUGGCGCGACGCCGAUGCCGCGCUCGCCGCCGCUUGCGCCGACCUGGAGAGAGGCGAAAUUGGAGACAGGAGAGCUGAUGCAUGGCGAAUCCUUCAGCCUCUUCGAAGCCAUGGCUGCUCUCGAGGUGAACCCGCCCCCACCUCCCCGCCCCCACCUCCCCGCCCCCACCUCCCCGCCCCCACCUCCCCGCACCCACCUCCCCGCCCCCACCUCCCCGCCCCCACCUCCCCGCCCCCACCUCCCCGCACCCACCUCCCCGCACCCACCUCCCCGCCCCCACCUCCCCGCCCCCACCUCCCCGCCCCCACCUCCCCGCCCCCACCUCCCCGCACCCACCUCCCCGCCCUACUGCGCCCUCUUCUUCCCACUGCGCCCUCUUCUUCCCACUGCGCCCUCUUCUUCCCACUGCGCCCUCUUCUUCCCACUGCGCCCUCUUCUUCCCACUGCGCCCUCUUCUUCCCACUGCGCCCUCUUCUUCCCACUGCGCACGCACUUCCCACACCCUCGGGUGUCCGCUCGUCUCGCAUCGACCCCCCGUCCCGCGCAUCACUGCCGCUCUGCCCUCUCUUCUCCGCUCUGCCCUCUCUUCUCCGCUCUGCCCUCUCUUCUCCGCUCUGCCCUCUCUUCUCCGCUCUGCCCUCUCUUCUCCGCUCUGCCCUCUCUUCUCCGCUCUGCCCUCUCUUCUCCGCUCUGCCCUCUCUUCUCCGCUCUGCCCUCUCUUCUCCGCUCUGCCUUCUCUUCUCCGCUCUGCCCUCUCUUCUCCGCUCUGCCUUCUCUUCUCCGCUCUGCCCUCUCUUCUCCGCUCUGCCCUCUCUUCUCCGCUCUGCCCUCUCUUCUCCGCUCUGCCCUCUCUUCUCCGCGUCACCUCUCCCCGCUUCGCCUCUCGCCCCUUGCCAUUCUCUCCCUCAUCCAUUUCUUCCUCGCCUGCUCUCCCAGUUUGAAGUCCUUCUCAUCCGCCCUGCCUUCUCAUCCGCCCUGCCUUCUCAUCCGCCCUGCCUUCUCAUCCGCCCUGCCUUCUCAUCCGCCCUGCCUUCUCAUCCCCCCUGCCUUCUCAUCCGCCCUGCCUUCUCAUCCGCCCUGCCUUCUCAUCCGCCCUGCCUUCUCAUCCGCCCUGCCUUCUCAUCCGCCCUGCCUUCUCAUCCGCCCUGCCUUCUCAUCCGCCCUGCCUUCUCAUCCGCCCUGCCUUCUCAUCCGCCCUGCCUUCUCAUCCGCCCUGCCUUCUCAUCCGCCCUGCCUUCUCAUCCGCCCUGCCUUCUCAUCCGCCCUGCCUUCUCAUCCGCCCUGCCUUCUCAUCCGCCCUGCCUUCUCAUCCGCCCUGCCUUCUCAUCCGCCCUGCCUUCUCAUCCGCCCUGCCUUCUCAUCCGCCCUGCCUUCUCAUCCGCCCUGCCUUCUCAUCCGCCCUGCCUUCUCAUCCGCCCUGCCUUCUCAUCCGCCCUGCCUUCUCAUCCGCCCUGCCUUCUCAUCCGCCUUGCCUUCUCAUCCGCCCUGCCUUCUCAUCCGCCCUGCCUUCUCAUCCGCCCUGCCUUCUCAUCCGCCCUGCCUUCUCAUCCGCCCUGCCUUCUCAUCCGCCCUGCCUUCUCAUCCGCCCUGCCUUCUCAUCCGCCCUGCCUUCUCAUCCGCCCUGCCUUCUCAUCCGCCUUGCCUUCUCAUCCGCCCUGCCUUCUCAUCCGCCCUGCCUUCUCAUCCGCCCUGCCUUCUCAUCCGCCCUGCCUUCUCAUCCGCCCUGCCUUCACGCACUGCUUACCACCCCUUACCCCCCUUUCUCUCCCCUACCCCCCAUCUCUCCCCUCUUCCUUUUCUCUCUCCCCUCUCCCACCUCUCACCCCGCUCUCCCCUCUCCCACCUCUCACCCCGCUCCCCCCUCCUCCCAUGGACCCUAAGAUGGAUGCGGGAAUGGCUUUGAGACGGCUCAACAAAACCCCGUUACCCCUGUCCUGUGCGCUUCUCCCUGCGCGCUUCCCUUCCCGCUACCUGCCCCUCUCUCCCCGCUCCCGUUCCCGCCCCGCGCAGAUGAUGGACCCCAAGAUGGAUGCAGGCAUGGGGGGAGGCAAAGGGGGAGGCGAGGGGGGAGGCGGAGGGGAAGGGCAUGUGGGGUCGAGGGGGGAGGUGGAGAGUGUGGGGGAGGCGGUGGAGAGAGGGAUGCUGCCUCUUCCUCUGCCAGCGCACCGCAUUGUGGACCUCUGUGAUGCGCUGCUGGACGGAGGGUGGAAUCCGGGGCCGGGGGAGGCGAGGGGGGAGGUGAAGAGUGUGGGGGAGGCGGUGGAGAGAGGGCUGCUGCCACUGCCUCUGCCAGCGCACCGCAUUGUGGACCUCUGUGACGCGCUGCUGUGCGCUGAGGUGGGUUGCUGUGUGCUGAGGUGGGUUGCUGCUGCCCUGCAAACUGCUGUGCUGCUGGCGCCCCCUCUCCCCCUCUCCUUCCCCGCUUCCUUCUUCCAAUCCCCGCCACACCCAUCAUGUGGCCUUUCAGCCACGUGGCACAGCGGCCACAGCUUGCCGCAAACCGUCUUUACCUCGUGCGCUCUGCCUCCUGCUGGACACACCAACGUGAGGUGGGUGAGAGGCAUGCUGGCACAGUGGCACUGCAUGAUCCCAUGCCAUCCCAAGUGUGCUGCUGGCGCUGCUGUCUGCUGUCCUCGCCUGUGUCAACAGCGUGCGCUCUGCCUCCUGCUGGACACACCAACGCGAGCCACCCUCGCCUGUGUCAACAGCAUGCGCUCUGCCUCCUGCUGGACGCACCAACGCGAGGAGGAGGACUUUGUGACGUCAGCAGGAGGACUGCCUCUGGAGGGGCGAGUGGGGGAGGCGGCAGUGGCACCGCUCAGAGCGCUGCUGGCGGGGCUUGAAGGGGAAGGGGAAGGGGACGCUCGGAAGGGAAAAGGUGAGUGA